AUGAACUCGCUAUACAACCAUGGUGUCAAACAAACACAACUUCUAUCUCGCGAUCUAGCCGCCUUUGAGAAGAAUGUCACAACUGCCCCCCUUUCACUUCAAGGACAGGUAUCUACGUCAUUAGCGGCACUUUCUAAAACCAUUAAAGAAUACGGUGAUCUCAUAAAACAAAACAAAGCCUUUGUGGAGGAGAAGCAUCCAAUCAGGUUGCAAAAGUUUGAAGCCGAUUAUGCUCAAUUUCUCGCGAAGUUCAAUUCGUUGAGACAACUUCGUGAAGCUCAGGCACAUUCCGAAGCAAGACUGGAGUUAAUAGGACGCAGAAAUGUUAACUCCGAAAAUCCAUACCAUCAGGAUUCUCUGGGAUAUGCUGCUAAUCAACAGCAAUUGUCUUACCUGGAAGGUCUUUACAAGGAGAAGACUUCCAUCCAGAGAGGUGCCAAUCAACUAGAUCAGAUAUUAGAGAUGGGCCAGAACGCAUUAGAUGAUCUAGUUGAUCAAAAUGAUACAUUGAGAAGAAUCGGAAUGACUUUCGAGCAGAGUUUAGUCACCUUGGGAGUGAGUAGAGGUACAAUCAAACGUGUUGAGCGGAGAGCUAGAGAAGAUAAAUGGAUUUUCAUUGGAUUGGCAAUAAUCUUUUUCGUCAUGUGCUACUACAUUAUUAAAUGGUUCAGAUGA